AUGGCCAUGCUGAAGGAGGUACUUUCCGGAUUAACAAAUACCAACCAGAAAAUAACCACAUUAGAGAGGAGGAUGGCAUCAUUGGAGGGAAAAAUAGACCUUAUGGUCGAACAUCAAAACCUGAGACAACAGAUGGCCCCGGCAGCAGAAAUCUCGGAGGAUGAGAUUCCGAUAGUGCCCGCCGACCUCACCAUAGACGAGGAGAUUCUACACGGGAUGAGGUGCCAGGCCAACUCAGCUGGGAACUUCGGCAAACUUUUAUGUGAGAGGAUGUUUUCAGAACUGUUUGGGCCCGGCAACCUUCGGUUGGCGUACAGCUGGAACGGUGGUGGCAUGCACCAGAAACAGGAAUUGGACGCAAGAAGGAAAGACGUUUUAAGAAAGUAUGUUCAACAGUUCUACCCAGAAGUGCGGAAACACGAACAUUUCCGGGCAGCUGUUGUCACCAAGAUUAAUGAAGGCCUUAGGCGUCCCGUCGUCAAAUUAUGCCGUCGGAGGGACGUCGAGUCCACACAUUUGUAA